GUAGAGAGACAGAGCAGCCAGUAGCGGAUAUAAAACAGUGAAGGUUAAUUGGGCAGGUGAGGAACACGAGAAGGAGGCGGCGGGUUGCGAGAAAACUUGAUCCGCAGACAGGUUGGAAACUCAAGCAUCCUUCGGUGCAUCCACCCCGGUGUAUAUAAGAGUGAGCCAGCUGUCAGCGGGCACCACAAAGCCUUAUCUCUCUCUGCUGCUGCUGCUGCUGCUGCUGCUUCUGCGUUGGACCUGGACGGAGAGGAAAGCGAGCCAACAGCGGACCAACAUGUCGCUCACCUCCAUUCUUUCAGCUGAGGCCAUUGAAAAGGCUGUCAAGGACUGUCAAGCUCCGGACUCUUUCUGCUACAAAAAGUUCUUCCAGCUGUGUGGCCUGUCCUCAAAGACGCCCCAGGAAGUCAAAGAUGUCUUCAGGAUCCUUGACGAGGACAACAGCGGCUUCAUUGAGGAGUCUGAGCUCAAGUUCUUCCUGCAGCGGUUUGUCCCCGGGGCACGGACACUGACUGAGGCAGAAACCAAGAGCUUCAUCUCAGCAGCUGAUGAUGACAGCGAUGGCAGAAUUGGAGCAGAGGAAUUCCAGACCAUGGUCCUGUCCUGAGUUUUCCUGAUGACAAGAGUUCAAGUCUUCGGGUCUUCGGUCCUCUCCCUGUGUCUGGACUCUUCUGACCCCGGCCUCCAUUCCCAGUGACUUCUCAUGUUUUCUACUAAAUUCUGUGUGUGCUAAUUGUUUUUAAAUGACCUUUUGUCCAUUUAAAGACAGCAGACUUUUAAUGUGUCUUUGUGUUGGUCCAUGUUUUCUUUUCUGUGCACACCCCACCUCUGUCAGUGAAUGAGACCAAUAAACAUGUGGA